AUGUUGAGGCUGUCCAUGGUGCUGAUCUGGUUAGCGUGCGGGAGAGGACUGUUGCCGGGGACCGACGCCAGCAAGCCCGGGAAGACGGAGCUGUACAUCGGCGGGAUCUUCCCGAUGACGGGCGGGGGGUGGUCGGGCGGCCAGGCGUGCCUACCCGCCGCGCUCAUGGCCCUGGAGGACGUCAACAACCGGGAGGAUAUACUCCCAGGAUACCAUCUCAACAUGAUUCACAACGACAGUGAGUGCAAUCCAGGAAUCGGCACCAAUGUGAUGUACCGUCUGGUCUACCAUCCACCACCUAAACUCAUGUUACUGACCGGCUGCAGUAGUGUGUCUACACACAUCGCCGAGGCCGCACACAUGUGGAACCUCAUGGUUCUCGCGUAUGGUUCCAGCUCUCCGGCCCUGUCAGACCGGAAACGGUUCCGGACAUUUUUCCGGACUCACCCGUCUGCCGUGCUCCACAACCAGGCCCGGAUCCGGAUGUUCCAGUACUACCGGUGGUCUAAGAUCUCCAUCAUACAGGAGACACAGGAGGUCUUCACGUCGACCAUUGAGGACCUGGAGAAAAGGGCUAAAGAAGCUAACAUCACCAUAGCUACCAGACAGAGUUUCCUGUCGGACCCAACAAAUGCAGUUCGUAGCCUCAAGCGCCAGGAUGCUAGAAUCAUCGUCGGCGUUUUCUAUGAGGACAUGGCUUUGAAAGUCUUUUGUCAGGUUUACAAGGAAAAGAUGUACGGGAAGCGGUAUGUGUGGUUCAUCAUCGGCUGGUACCCUGACAACUGGUACCAGAAAGUGGAGGACAACGACGUCAACUGUACAGUAGCCCAGAUGAGAGAGGCACUGCAGGGGCACUUCACUACCGAGAUGACCAUGAGAUCCCUGGACGAUACUCCCAGCUUCUCUGGACUGAAUGUGUCACGGUUCGAUGAAGAGUUGCUAGACAAGCUCAACAACAGCGACCCUAACGACACGCCAGGCUACCCCGAGGCUCCCUUGGCGUACGACGCAGUGUGGGCCCUGGCGCUGGCUUUGAACCAGACUAUCACCAGGCUUACAGAGAAAGGAGUCAAUGUGGGCCUGGACAAAUUCACAUAUGACAAUAGUACUAUAUUCCGUGAAUUUUACCGUGCCAUGGACUCUACGUCGUUCCAGGGAGUCUCGGGUCCUGUACAGUUCCUGUCUACUGGAGACCGCCUAACUCUGACGCAGAUCGAGCAGAUGUGGGAUGGAAAAUACUACAAAAUCGGUUACUACGACAACAAAAAUAACAACUGGACGCUGAAUCACAGCUUCGUACGAUGGAAUGGACCACAUCCCCCGUACGACCGCACGCGGGUUGUAGAGGACCUGAGGCUGGUGUCCAUGGAGCUGUAUGUCGGCAUGUGUUCCUCCGCGCUCAUCGCCAUGCUGGCAGCGUUCGGCUGUCUGGUGUUCAACGUGCUGAACAGGAACGUUAGGUACAUCGCCAUGUCACAGCCGGGUCUGAACAACAUCGCCGUCCUGGGGUGCGUCACCUGUCUCUCCUGUAUCUUCCUCUUCGGCCUGGACAACUCCAAUUUAUCGGAGGACCAGUUCACAACUCUCUGUCAGGUCAGGACGUGGGUACUUGUGGUUGGCUUCACCCUGGCUGUGGGAUCCAUGUUCUCCAAAAUCUGGCGGGUACACAGGCUCACCACCAGGGCACGGGAGGAGGACAAGGUGGUUGAGGCCUGGAAACUCUAUGCUCUACUAGGUCUGUUUUUGGCCAUUGACGUCAUCAUCAUGAUCGCCUGGCAGUUGACGAACCCCAUGACGAGGUAUCUAGAGGAGUUUCCCCAGGAAGUGCCUGAAGGAAAUGACGACAUCCUCAUCCAGCCCAAACUGGAACACUGCACCUGUGACAACUUCACCAUAUGGCUUGGUGUCCUGUACGGCUACAAGGGUCUCCUACUGCUGUUCGGCGUUUUCCUGGCCUACGAGACACGCGACGUCAACAUAAAGGACAUCAACGACACGCGAUACGUCGGGAUGAGCAUCUACAAUAUAGUGGUGUUGUGCCUCAUCACGGCGCCAGUCACCAUCCUCAUCAGCAGUCAGCAGGACGCUACCUUUGCCUUCACGUCUCUGGCGAUCCUGUUCUGCACUGUCAUCACCCUCGGACUCAUCUUCAUCCCAAAGAUCAUGAACUACAAACAGAAGAGCAUAGAGGAAACCUCCCAGCCUCUCCAAACUCCUGGAGUGACGCAGGAAGAAGAGGAGAAACAGAAAAGACUCCAGGAGGAAAACGACACGAUGAAGAAGCAGAUAUCACAGAAGGAGGAACGCAUCCGCGAACUUCAGAAGAGUUUGAAAGAGCUCCUGAAAGAGGGACAGAAGAUGACAACCACCUUCCUUGCGCCCCCUGGCGUCGGUAGACUGCGCUCCACUGGCAACAAUGUUGGACGCUUCUCUUCUUCAUCGAUGGUAUCAUCAAGCGUCGUGUCAAGCUAUGUUUCCAGCGCUGCAGAAGUAUUCGAGGAAGUAUUGGACACCCCUCCCCCUAAAUAUCGGGGGAAAGCACCUUCGAUCAGCUUCGAUGUUGGGGACGAGACCAUCGAACGUGUGCCUGAUCACGUGACGCUGCCCACCGUCAAGGUGACCUUGUCGGAAGAACCGGCGGAAGAUGGCGGCCAGUUUGAGUCCUUCUUGUGACACGCCCUGUGGCCGGUUUGUCUUGGAGCAAGCGAGCGAGGAAGAAAACGAUAAAGGCACCCAAUGCAAUUUCAGGGCAUCAAAACAAAACAAAUAUUCUGGAUGAGGAUAUAUGUCUGAUAUUGACAUCUGCUGUGCAAUUUCUUAGCACAUUUUUGUCAUCAGUUUGCACUUGAAGCAUUUGAAAUAGCCCAAAAGAAGCUACUUAGGGCGUCUCGUUAUUGGGGGCACCACCCAUAAAUAGCUUGAACCAGCUUAUCAGUAUGGGGUGGGAUUAAUACAUUAAAAGAAUGACUAGAAAAUGGACUCUGGAAAUCCAUUUUUGCCGCCUUGAAUUUGAAUUGGAUGUCAUUGGAUGACACUAAAUACACCAGUUUCAGUUGGAACAACCAUAAUAAGUUUUUUCAAUGAACAAAGGUGUUUGUACAUAGAAAGUACAUAACCUUUCCUAUCGUGACUACAUAUGAUUGUAGGUUAUAACUUUUCGCUUUGUUUACUUUUUGAAAGAACGUUUUUCACGAGCC